GUAGACGGUGUAAAUGAAAAUGGCCCCUGGGAAACAAAUAAAAGCCCUCGCUUCCCGGAGUGGCCCCGAAAUUAAAGACCCAAAAUGACAACAAAGAGUGGCUGUUGUUUUGACGUCAUUGUUCUUCAUUAGGCCCCUGGGAUACAUGAUUAUGCAUUUAUUCAAAGUGAGCUGGUCGCUGGAGCUGCCCUAAAUUAUAUUGUCAUUAACUGUUAUUUUGCUGUUGAGCUGAAAUGUGUUUUCCCGAGCCUUGUUAAAUUGUAUUUUACAUUGGAAAGGCCCUGUGUUUUUAUAUUUAUGUAAGCAAAAUUCUUUACAUGUUCUCUUCCAUUAAAUGGUUUAUAAAUGGUGUUGCCUACUCAGACAUGUCAGCAGAGGGCUAACCUUUAAGAGCCCUUUUAUUACAGUUCUCCUCUCCUCUUGACACAUGCAGCUGUUUUUUCCUCAUUUUUACAUAGGGUGGCGACAAAGCUACAUCCUUAUCAAUUAUGUAUCAAUUACAAUUUAUCAUAUGUGCUGCCUGACGAAGACCUUCUAUUACAGAACCCCCUCAGCUAUCAUGCAGUAAUAGACAUCCUUGUUAUAAAAAUGGUUCAGGUUAAAGAAGAUUGAUGUAGAAAAGAUGCACACAACAAAAUCUAUCCUCAUGAUACCAAAGGUGGUGCAAAUAUUAAAAUAUAACCUUACAUUAUUAUACAGCAUGUCUAUAUAUUUUUUGUUUGUUUUUUUUUUUGUAUCCCCAUUUAUGGUUCUUGUACAAUAGAUACUGUAAACUUACUAACUUAAACUGCAAAAUAACAAUUAUGUUUAGAAACCAUGUACAGUAUAUUGCAGUGUAAGAGCGGGACUAAUGUUAAAAUUCAACAAAAACACACACACGUCCAGUGACUCUCCACAUAAGCUUUCUGUGCCACAGUGCUGGCAAUAAAAAUGUAAAUGCUUUGGGCGCUGCAUGUUUUGUUCAUCUUCUUUUUGAAGAUGUCUCAGUGUAGACAGUUUGGCAUUAAUCAGUUUUUCUUCUCUUCCGCCCAUUUUCAGGCUAAUCGCAUUUAGACGUUCACUACUGAUGUUGUUUCCACUAUCAACAAUUUUCAAUAAAGAGUCAUUUCUGCUGUGCAAUCUAAUCUUGAAGCAACGCCCCAGAUAUAAAUAGAUAAAAACAAAAAUAAAUGGUUCGCACAAACGUUUUGUUAUUUUGUCACCUGUUUGUAAAGCUAAAGUGGCUUUAAUUCCCCCAUAAUCGUAUUCUCCACAGCAAAGACCAAUCUAAAUGCAAAAAGACAGACGAUGCACAAUGUUUAUUAUGUUAGAGAAAGAACAGUUAUUAAUGUAUUUAUUUGACACUUCUCAGACAAGAGUUGCACUAUUGCAACUCUAGCUGGUUUAAUUUACAGUAAAGUAAGAUUUAAUUCUGAAAGUAGCUUUGGUGUGUCUGUUCACGUUUGCUACUGCUCUAAUAUCGCUUAAGAGAAAUCAAUGUUACCAAACAAGUAUAUUUUUACAAUACAUUUGUAAAGUAAACCUGAGGUUUGCGUUCCAUUAGUCAGGUUUUAUUAUUAUUGACGCUGUUAAUUCUUUAAGAUUUUAGUAGCAAAGUGUGAUUUCCAGGCUGAAAACACAUUUAAAUGGGGAGGAGCCUGAAAUUGUGGUGGGUCACAUAUUGUUGCUGUGGACGGUGUCUUCGAGGUAAUUCCAUUUUGUGCGUCAGAGGUGGCUACAAGAACACAAGCUGCUCAAACAUUUGAGCUUUGCCUCCUAUAUAAUAUUCAGGUAAGCAUCUUUAAAAACUUUAGAGUCAGUACUGUAAUAGACAAUGUUAGAAUAUUUAUUGUACUGUAUCUGUUCUACAUGUGAGAGCUUAUACUGUAUCUCAAAGUAAUCCACCGUGAAGAUUUUUAAUCAUUAGCAUCUAAAACGUCUCAUUGUUAUUUGUUAGAUUAUGUAUGAUUGAAAAUGUGUGUGUAAUUGGGAACUAACAGUAGCUUGAAUAAUUAAAGCUCAGGAAAAGAGAACAUGGCUUCAAAUGUGAAAUCUGUCUAAGAAUUAGUUUAUCAUAAAUUAUCGUUUUUUUCCAAAACCAGUGUAAUCUUUACAUAAAUUUGAACUAAUAAACAACAUAUUCAGUAAUGAAUUUAAAGCAAAGCUUCUGCUGACUCCACAAGGCUAGAAGCAACUGAAAACAAUAACAAUAGCAAGGAGGGAAUUAAUAAUGUGUUGCUUCUAAAACAUUUAAUUUUAAAUGGUACAGAGCACAGACAUUUAUGUCUAGAAGCAUGUAAUGUUCAGUAAGUGACGCAGUGAAAUAUUUUUAUUCCAUCAACAAAGAUUAGAUUAUUGAUCCCAGUGAUGAUUGUGGACUGUAUAUAGAUAAUGUCUGUAUUACAGCAUGAUGAAGUGUGACUGUGAGAUUGCUGACAGGCUUUUUCAAAGGUUAAAUUAGUUUAAUCACUUAUGAUUUGUUUUCAUUUCCUCCCAGAUAAGUUUGAUUCUAUGAAAUUGAAAUUCAAUUAUUGAACUCGGUGGGUAGCACCUCACUGUAAUUUGUUUAUCUGACAUGGCUAAUCUAGUUGCGCAUAAACUGCCGCGCCUAUUAUGUAAUAAUAACAAACAUCUUUUCUUGCAGAUAUACGCCAGCUAAUAAACACACAUCCAGAAACUUCCUAGUAUUUAUUACUGCCACAAGGAGGAAAAGUGGAAAACCAGCUCAGAUAACCAUUGGCCAUCUUAACCAUCACCAAGAUUUCCUUUGGACGCAAUGUCAAACAUUAACUUCGAGAGACUGAAUGUUUGCAUUGCAGGACCGUACUGUAAUAACACGCACCUGAUUUUUCACAACAUGAGCAUCAACAAUGUGCUUGAGAUUGCUGACGAUGAAACUCUCUGGCUGAGGAUACUCAUCUCGGUCGUGUACUUUGUGGUGGCUACUGCAGGAGUGGUGGGAAAUCUGUUGGUCAUGUUCCUGCUUUAUUCUACUCGCACCAUCACCAAAGGCAUCAUUAACUUCUUUGUGUUUAACUUGGCCUUGGCUCACCUGUUGUUCUCUCUAGCGCUGCCGUUUUGGGCCGUGGACAUGGCAUUGGACUACAGCUGGCCUUUUGGCCUGGCCACAUGCAAGGCCGUUUCCCUGCUCACUGGGCUAAAUGUAUUUGCUAGCUGCUUCUUCCUCACAGCUAUGAGUCUAACUCGCUACUGCUACAUUGCAACGGCGCUCAAGCCCCGCACCUCCCUGUGCAGCAGAUCGUGCACAUUUCCGGUGGCCACAGCUUUUAUCUGGGCAGUAGCGCUCGUAGCGGCCGCACCCCGAGCUGUGUUUGCAGACCUGAAACUUGUGGGCAGUGGCAACGACACAGCGUGCCUGCUCCGAUUCCCAGAUGGCACCGCCUGGCUCGGACUGAAUCAGUUACUGCGAGUGGUGCUGGGAUUUCUACUGCCCUAUGCCAUUAUCAUCCUCUCCUACCUGCUGCUGCUGCGCUUCCUGUGUCGUCACAAACUCAAGGGGAACAACUCCCGCAGAAAGGCCAACAUUUCGCUGUCUGUGGCAGUGGUGGUGCUUUCAUUCUGUAUCUGCUGGUUCCCGUACAAUGUCCUCACUCUCUGGAGUGCACUGGUCCAACUUGACAUUGUUGACCUCUGCCCGUCGUUCUACUUGGCUCAAACAUACUUUUUCCCUCUGGCUAACUGCUUGGCUUUCACCAGCAGCUGCUUCAACCCCGUCAUCUACUGCCUGAUUAGAAAAGAGUACCGUCUGGCUCUCCACAACAUGCUCCUCAGACUGAUGUCCAAGAUGCCCUAUGGCAUUAAUUCUGAGGCGGGAGCUGUGCAAGCUGGACAACUGGUCAUUCCUCUCAAUAAUAUGCCCAGCCAAGAGAGUCAAACUGAGAUGAGGAAUUAUGCACCACUUCCGACCGUGUCCACCAUCUAAACCUGCACUACUUUACUUAUUGUAAUGCUUGUAUUCCACAGCUUUCAUUGCCAGAGUCAGCCACUAACAAAUAACAGUUUAAUCAAGGCAUCACUACCAUAAGUCCCUCAUGUUAAUUGGCACAUCCUUCAAUUCUGCAUUACCACACCUGAUAAGUAUAAACUACAGUAUGCUGUAGUUUACUCUUAUCUAAACAACUAAUUAUCUAUGUAGCACUCAAAUGUACAUCUUUACUACUGUAUUCCAUUGUUGCUGUACUGACGUGGUUGUUUCAUUUUUGUUAAGUCGUUUUUUAAAAACAGAAUUGAAUAAAUUUCUUCUUGA